AUGGAAGGGUUCGACACCCUACUAAUAUUCUCUUUCUUUUCACUUCCUGCCUUCAAGCGACACUAUGGCGUGCCAAGCAGGGACGGCGGCUAUGAGAUUCCUGCUCGCUGGCAGUUUGGUCUGUCCACGGGGGCGGAGGCAGGGGAAAUUGUUGGGUUGCUUCUGAAUGGCCUGCUGGCUGACCGCAUUGGAUAUCGCAUUACUAUAUCUGCCGCUCUCGUCUUUCUCUUUCUUUGCAUCCUAUUACCCGUUUUCGCGGUCAAUCUGCAGAUGUUGCUUGCAGCCCAGAUCUUGUGUGGGAUCCCCUGGGGUGUCUUUCAGACGCUGACGAUCAACUACGCCGCCGAAGUGAUGCCAGUGGCCUUGCGCGCAUACCUUCUCAGCAGCAUCAAUCUAUGUUGGGUACUGGGUCAGAUCCUCGCAACGGGUGUGACUCGUUCAUUGGCCAACAACGAGUCCACGCUGUCCUUUCGCCUUCCAUAUGGGCUCCAGUGGGCGAUUGGCGUGCCCAUUUUGGUUGGCGUGAUUUUGGCUCCAGAAUCACCAUGGUGGUUGAUCCGGCACGACCGACCACAAGAGGCCAAAAGGUCAUUGUCACGGCUGACGCGGAGUGGCGUCAGCGUGGAUGAGACGGCCGCCAUGUUGACACAUACCAACGAAGUUGAAAAGCAUCUGACCGGUGGCAGCGUCAUCUCAUACUUAGACUGCUUCAAACGGGCCGACCUUCGCCGAACAGAGAUUACGUGCAUCGUCUGGGUCACUCAGCAAGUGUGUGGCAGCAGCCUGAUGGGCUGGGCCGCAUAUUAUUACAAGCAGGCCGGAUUCAAUACCAGCCAGGCUUUCAGUUUAACAGUCGGAGCCUUUGGCCUGGCAAUUGCUGGCGGGAUAAUCUCUUGGUUUCUACUGCCUCGCGUGGGUCGCCGCACACUUUACCUUUCGGGGCUUCUUGUCAUCCUUAUCACUCUACUUACUGCAGGGUGUGUCAGCGUAGCUUCGACAGCUCGAUGGCAAUUGUGGACUCUUGGCUCUCUUCUCGUCUUCCUGACAUUCGUAUAUGACAUGACCAUCGGGCCAAUAUGCUACGUGCUAGUCGCUGAGAUUCCCUCUACGCGGCUCCGUGUCAAGACCGUCGUUCUGGCCCGCGUGGCGUAUAACUUGUCCGGCGUUCUCAUCAACUGGAUGACGCCGAAUAUGUUGAGUCCCGAUGUGUGGAACUGGAAGGGCAAGUCCUGUUUCUUUUUCGCCGGGACUACCUUCUUGUGCCUUGUUUGGUGCUACUGGAGACUCCCGGAAACCUUUGGCUUGAGCUAUCUUGAGAUCGACAUCCUGUUCGAAAAGAAAGCGAAAACCAGCAAGUUCCGCGAACUUCAGAACAACCUGCGAGAUCGUGGCUAUUUUGGUCUCGGGGGAGAUGAGUGUCCUUUUCGCGGGUACUGA